UCUCUCUCUGUGUGUCUCUUUCUGUCCCCCUCUGUACAUGGAAAUUUGGUUCACAUUCUUUCCAAGCAUGCCAAAUCUUUGAACACUUCAACUUCAAAGUCCCCCGAGUGGCACACAAGCUGGAAAAAGCAAGCCCUUCUGUUUCAUACGACCAUUUUCCAUUCAAAGGAGCCCAGCUCAAAUUGAUGGGGAACACACUUCUAUGACUAUUCUGUGUUAUGAAUAUUAUAAUUUUGAUUUCCUCUUCCCUUUUUCCAGUCUUUGUUGGGUUAGAAGAUGAGUCUACGUGGACUUUAUUUUCCUUUGCUUUUUAAUAUUUUAUGGGUCCUUUUCCCCUUGAAUUGGUCAGUAUAUAUAUGGGGGGGAAUGGUGAUGUAGGGAACCAGAUUCACCUGCUUUCCAUAUAGAGGUUUCAGGUUGGUCCUUGAAGAAUCACUACUUGUGAAUCAAUGGGAUUGCCAUUUUCCUUGCCCUCAUCUAUCCCAACACAAAGCCUGAGAACAAGACUGUUUGGUUCAACAGAAAAUGUAGAUACAGUUAUAGUAAGAUCCAUCAGCUUCAACUCCAAUGACGGGGAGACAAUGCUGAGAACUGUUAGUUUCAAGAAAAGGGAUUCUGAUAACAUCACCAUAUCUGAUGGCUCUGAUGAGGUGGUUAUUGAAGAAUCGAUACACUUCAGGAAACCAGAGUUCAAAAAGCUAAGGCUUGAAACUACUGUUUCAUUCAAGAGUAUAGUGCUGGAUGGAGAGAAUUUGGAUUCAAGGGAAAAAGGUGACGAAUUGACUAAGAAAACAAACCCUGCAGAGACUGUACCUGACCCAGCCGUCUUGUUCUCUCCAAGGCCUGUUAGUGAGCUUGAUGCUGCCGCAGUUAAGCUGCAGAAAGUUUACAAGAGUUACCGAACAAGACGGAACCUUGCAGACUGCGCUGUAGUUGUUGAAGAGCUCUGGUGGAAGGCAUUGGACUUUGCAACACUGAAGAGGAGCUCUGUGUCGUUCUUCAACAUUGAGAAACCAGAAACUGCAGUUUCACGUUGGGCACGGGCCAGUACGAGGGCAGCCAAGGUUGGGAAGGGCUUGUCCAAGGAUGAGAAGGCUAAGAAACUAGCACUGAGACAUUGGCUUGAAGCAAUUGAUCCACGCCAUCGCUAUGGACACAAUCUACACUUGUAUUAUGAUGUCUGGUUCCAUAGUGAGAGCUCCCAACCUUUCUUCUACUGGUUGGAUGUUGGAGAUGGCAAGGAAUUAAACCUUGAGAAGUGCUCGAGAGCUGUUCUACAGCGACAAUGCAUCAAGUACCUUGCUCCGAAAGAGAGGGAAACAUAUGAAGUGAUUGUAGACGAUGGGAAGCUUGUCUAUAGGCGCAGUGGGGAGCUUGUGAAUACCGUUGAGGGUUCCAAGUGGAUUUUUGUCCUGAGCACCUCAAGGAAUAUGUAUGUAGCAGAAAAGAAGAAAGGCCGGUUUCAGCACUCGAGUUUUCUCGCUGGAGGAGCUACCACUGCAGCUGGAAGACUGGUUGCCCAUAAUGGAGUUCUUGAGGCUAUAUGGCCUUACAGUGGCCAUUAUCACCCAACAGAGGAGAACUUCAUGGAGUUCAUCAGCUUCCUAGAGGAGCACCAUGUAGACUUGACCAAUGUGAAGAGAUGUGCAGUAGAUGAUGACAACCCAACGCUCAAAAUUGCAGACAGUGAGCUGAAGUCAUCAGACUCGCCAAGGUUUCCCUCAGGAAGCAUCACCGUCUCUGAAGCAGCUGAUGCAGAUGGGGUCAUCACCCAGGAGGCCAAACCAACAGCAAUUCAUCAAGAGGACAACGUGGGCAGAAUUGGAACCGACAUAGAACCGGCGUUUGGCCUAGGCAAACGAUUGUCGUGCCAAUGGACUACUGGGGCUGGUCCGCGAAUCAGGGUCUUAAGGGACUACCCUGCAGAGCUCAAAAUCAGAGCACUGGAGCAAGUCAACCUAUCCCCCAGGAUCAAUCCAGGAGCCUUUGGCAGCAGCAGCAUUCCAGUCCUGCCAAUCCCCUCACCAAGGCCAAGCCCCAAGAUCCACCUAUCCCCCAGACUUUCCUACAUGGGACUCCCUAGCCCAAGGGUCAAUCUACCUACUUCUAACUAAAACAGAGCCAAUUCACCAAAUGGUGGUUUUUUGAGGCACGAGUCAUGGCACGGGUACUGGUACACGUCGUGGCACACAUCACGCGUCAUGGCUUGGGCCAUGACAUGCGUUAGGCCUUAUAAACCUAAAAGGUUGAAGGGCUUGCGCCAUUUUUUCUCUCCUGCAAUUAGCAUUUUUUUUCUUCACUUGUCUUGCAGGUCAUUUAACUCAUAGAUAGUCAUAGACGAAUUGAUCUCUUUACUCAAAUGUUUGAUUCAAUCUCCUCUUUGUUUCUCCAUCCUUGUAAGAAAAUUCCAUUGUAGAAUUCAAAAUAAUUAUUGAAUGAAAAUAAAAAUUCAAACAUUUCUCA